ACAUCAGAGAAGUCACACAGGUGAGAAGCCAUAUUCCUGUUCUGAGUGUGGGAAAUGUUUUGUAUAUAAAUCAAGUCUUGUUACACAUCAGAGAAGUCACAGAGGUGAGAAGCCAUAUUCCUGUUCUCACUGUGGGAAAUGUUUUGCAUUAAAAUCUUAUCUUGUUACACAUCAGAAAAGUCACACAGAUGAGAAGCCAUAUUCCUGUAUUGAGUGUGGGAAAUGUUUUGCAUUGAAAUCACAUCUUGUUACACAUCAGAGAAGUCACAGAGGUGAGAAGCCAUAUUCCUGUAUUGAGUGUGGGAAAUGUUUUGCAUGUAAAUCACAUCUUGUUAAACAUCAUAUAAGUCACACAGGUGAGAAGCCAUAUUCCUGUUCUCAGUGUGGGAAAUGUUUUGCAUCAAAAUCAAAUUUUGUUACACAUCAGAAAAGCCACAGAGGUGAGAAGCCAUAUUCCUGUUCUGAGUGUGGGAAAUGCUUUACAUAUAAAUCAUAUCUUGUUACACAUCAUAUAAGUCACACAGGUGAGAUGCCAUUUCCCUGUUCUGAGUGUGGGAAAUGCUUUACAUAUAAAUCACAUCUUGUUACACAUCAGAGAAGUCACACAGGUGAGAAGCCAUAUUCCUGUUCUCAGUGUGGGAAAUGUUUUGCAUCGAAAUCAUAUUUUGUUACACAUCAGAAAAGUCACACAGGUGAGAAGCCAUAUUCCUGUAUUGAGUGUGGGAAAUGCUUUGCAUGUAAAUCACAUCUUGUUACACAUCAGAGAAGUCACACAGGUGAAAAGCCGUAUUCCUGUUCUGAGUGUGGGAAGUGUUUUCCACGGAAAUCAGCUCUUGUUAGACAUCAGAGAAGUCACACAGGUGAGAAGCCGUAUACCUGUCCUGAGUGUGGGAAAUGCUUUACAUAUAAAUCAGCUCUUGUUACACAUCAGAGAAGUCACACAGGUGAGAACCCUUAUUCCUGUUCUGAGUGUGGGAAAUAUUUUGCAUGGAAAUACGAUCUUGUUAAACAUCAGAGAAGUCACACAGGUGAGAAGCCGUAUUCCUGUUCUGAGUGUGGGAAAUGUUUUGCAUGGAAAUCAGAUCUUGUUAAACAUCAGAGAAGUCACACAGGUGAGAAGCCGUAUUCCUGUUCUGAGUGUGGGAAAUGUUUUGCAUGGAAAUCAGUUCUUGUUAAACAUCAGCGAUUUCACAGGUGAGAAUCCAUUUUCAUGCUGUGAGAUAAAUAAAUCUGCUCUUGUUGAACAUAUUAGACAUUACCCAAGCACGGAACCAUUUAAAUCUUCUGGAGUAUAAUUAUCACUGUUGUGCAAUGUUCCUCAAGGGUCAAUCCUAUCUCCUAUGCUUUAUAAAAUAUACAUGCUACCACUGGGUGAUAUAAUCAGACGUCAUGGCCUGGUCUACCACUGCUAUGUAGAUGACCUGCUUUUUGCUCCAUGUACUGAGAACCUAAUACCAAUCCUAAAUAGUUGUCUAGCUGGGCGCCAGGGGUGGAUGAUGCCAGCCCAACAUUACAUGGUCCAAGGUACCAGAAGCAGCUUCUGCCUCCUUACUGCCCUGCUGGCUUCUACAGAUGAAGGAUUGUUACCAGCAGUACCAAGAAUCUCCUGUCAUUCAUUUAUGGGUUGAACUUUUAGUUUUGCAGCCCUGACCAUGGAACUCACUGCCUUGCACAGUCCAAGAGACCUCCACUCUAGAGAUCUUCACAAGUAGACUGAUGACUGUUACUCACGCUUUUCAUUAAUGUACCUCUAUUUACUUCCUAAAUAAUACAUCCCAAAUGCUUAGGUCUUUUUUCUGCUGUUUAUUUUGUAUCUUGUGCUUUGUGUAAAUGUGUAUGUCUAAUACCAGUUUCUACAAUCUGUAUUGCUGCACGACAAUAUGGCGGCCAUUGGAACGUGUUUUCACUUCUUCUAGUUUGCCUAACUUGUUGCUGACACUCAUCUUGAUCAGGAGUGUUUUCAGAUACAAGAUCCUAUCUAUAUAUACCCUGUACAUUAUCAUGUGCAUUAGUCACCCGGGUUCCAUCUGCGGUGGUUUGUUGUAUGUUACAUCUAUAUGGUGCGGAUACUUCCUG